GUGCCCAAGGCGCAUCGUAUUGCGCAACAGUUUAUCUAUACCUGUACAAUCAAGGGACUAGCAGGAGUUAAGAUGUCAGUCACUUCUACAGAUCACACGAAGGACGUGGCUUCCGACGUCAUUAUUCGACCUGCCAAACUAGAAGACCUUGAUGAAUUGUACGAAUUUACCGAUAAAGUCGACUGGCGUGUGUCAAAAGAAACUUUGAAAUUAUUUCUUGAAAUUGUGGAAGACGGUCACUACCUAGUUGCUGAUCUCCAUGGCAAGAUUAUUGGUUCAAGAUUAGUUAUUAUACUGGAUGAUAAGAACGCCAUGUUCGACUUCUUCAUAGUAGACCCAAAGUACAGAGGCUCUGGUGUUGCGAAGAAAAUUGCAGCAAGAACCAUGGAAAUUGCCGGCGACAGAAACGUCAUGAUUUGGUCUGUGUCCUACCGAAUACAGCAGAACUUAAAAACCGGCAUGAAAAUUGGUGGAGGGCGCUUACAUUUGUGCGAAGGUCGAUUUGAUAUUGGUACCUUAAGGGUUGAUACCACACUAAACGAUUCAGCGAUAAAAGUUGUCCCAACAAGUGAGGUUGACUUUGAAGCUCUGCUCGCCUACGACACCUCCAUCAUUGUAUUUCAAAGAGAAAAGUUCUUGAAAGCGUGGCUGGCAAAACCGUCUGCCGCUUCAUUCGCGGCAUUAACAGAUGGCGGCGAGGUCGUGGGUUAUGGUCAGGUGCAAGAUGCGCCGCGUUCGAAAGUAAUUUCUCCGCUUUACGCCGAUAAUCCAGCAGCAUUUAAGCUUCUUCUGAAAGCUCUUCUAGAAUCCAUUCCAAUGGAAUAUAGUGUAUAUAUGCUAAUCAACGUGGAUUAUGGGGCCGGAAUGGAAGUGAUAAACAUGAACAAGGGAACUGUAAAAGUUUUUCCUGACGAACCCGGAACCUUCAUGUAUACCAAGAGAAAUUUGGAGAUGCCUAAAUUUGGAAAUGUCUUUGCAGUAGCUUGCUGGGGCGCCUUUCCCGCAUGAUUGUCUAAAAAUCAAUUUACUAACCAAUGGUAUUUCUUUUUCCCCUAUAUGCUCAUUUAGAAAAAGGUAUUACUUUUCCUAUAUUGUUCCGGUGCAUGAAGAUGAACAAGGCGGAACAAAUAGAACCUAAAUGGAAA